AAAAAUAAUAGUCAUAAAUAACAAUUAGAAAAAAAGAUGGUCUUUAGGGUUUCCUCCUUCUCCUCCGCUUCCUUACACGGAUGCGCCUCUCUAUAUAUAUCUUCUUCAAUUGCGUGCACAGGAAUUUGUUAAAAAAAUUAAGUUCUUCUCUUUCCUUUCUCAACAAGUGAUUAAUGAAUGCAGUGUUUGUUUUGAAACCUUUAAAAAAAAAGGAAAGAUCUGAUUAAACUGUUUCAGUUUUUAUCACUGAAAUCGAAAAAUAGUUGAUAAAACUUGAUUUGAAGCGAAAAAAGGAUUUUAGAUCUGAGAUUGUUUUAUUGAUAUGAAGCGAUCGAGCAAAUCGAACAGGGUUUCGUGGGCACCUGGUCUUAAUCUUUGUCAGGAGAGGCUCUUUGUAUCUGAGGAUUGCCCUUCAAAAGUUGGCGGACAAGUCCAAGAUCAUCUUCAGAAAAAGACAUCAUUGCUUUUGCUCCAUUCGAGUGGUAAAGAACCAAAUGAUUUCCCCCCGGGAUUUGAAGGCAGUCACUUCUUGAAUCCAUGUAAAAAGGAAUUGUCCUGCUUUCCUAGGAUUCAAUGGAAGUGCCCUCCCAAAUUUGUUGUCAGUUCCAACUGGCAUGUGACAGCUGGAGAAGAAAGCCAGGAAUCACAGGCCCAAAAACUGAGGGAAAUGAGAGCUCUUGAAGCAUUUUAUCCACGCCCUUCUGCUGUUCCUCCCAGCCCUGUUGUUUCUUUGGACGUAGAAGAUACAGAUUAUGAUGAUAGCCUCACUCCAAUCAUCCCUCUCAUUCCUGUUGAAGAGGAGGAAGCCACAGAACUGCCAUCUGAUUUGACAGAACCACUGAAAACUUCCCAGUCACCAGCAUUGCCUCCGUUUUUAUUGUCAUUUGGAACCCUGAACUCUUCAAAAUGCAUCACCCCUGCUUCAAAUCCACUCUUAAGUGAAAAAACAGCAUUUGGAAAACUACACCUAGUGAGGAGCAGCCAUGGUCGAAGCCAACAUAUGCACCCGACAGUAAGUAGAGCGUCCAUGCAUCAGGAUACUGCUCCUGCAAGUGGGUUUGGAGUAUUUUCUUCCAUUCCUGUGCCCAUUCCAGUGCCUAAUUCAAUGCCAACAACGGUAAGCACAGUGCCUAGAGAAUCAAUGGCAACCCAAAUAUCUUUCAAAGACACCGGUCCCAACCAAAUGUCUAAUUUGGUGCAAUCCACUCUGGUUAUGAAGCCUGUCCAACCGAACAGUGUUCCUCAAGCAGGUAUGAAAACUAACCCUGUGAAGGAUGUGGAGUACAUUAAGAACCUUAUAAGGGAACAUGGAACAGCGAAGAAAGAAAUCCAGGACCGAAAUGGAAGGCAUUACAAUCAAACUCAGAACCAAGAAUUGAUACAAAACAUAAAAAAGAGGGAAUCGAAACACAAAUCUCAGAAGCCUUGCAUGUACUUUAAAACUCCCAAGGGAUGCCGAAAUGGCUUCAAUUGCCCUUUCCAGCAUGAUCCAUCUUUCCAGUUUCAAACUGGUAGUGCUUUGGAUGCCCCAGUUGCAAAGAGAAUGAAAUUUAGUGGGGAAAUCGUUGGGAGGACCUGA